ACUCCGAGGAGGAAGGUUGCGAGCAGUUGGCCGGCUCUCGCUGGCGACAGGUGGGCUCGAUUCGACGAGAGAGUCUCGGUCUGCCGCUUACCGUGCGCGGAUCGAGUUUGUCGCCGGGGACCGGUCUCUCGAGUUCUCGCUUUCGGUCGCGAAAAAAGUUCGACUUUGCCGCGCGAAAGAUACGAGUAUAUAUAUAUAUAUAUAUAUAUAAAGUAGCCGGGCAACCGGGACCGUUAGAUCAGCCUCUGUGCCUCGCCAGUCCACCUUCAAAAUCGUCGUAUUCUCGUAUCCACUCGGUGAGCCGCGGAUGCAUCGAACGAUCGAGCUCGACGUAACGUAACGUCACCGUGAGAUCAGCCUCGUUGGAGAUCAGUCUCUGGAGCCGCGAGGACAGGAACGAAUCGCCGUCCCGAUUUUUGCAUGGGUGUACACGAAAGGAGCGGGGAGGCCCACCGUACCGAUGUCACCGGCGGAAUGGCCAGGGAUCGUUCCGGUUCAGAGUAUUCGGAGAACAUGAGCGACGCGACGACUUGCAGCUGCACGACGAGCUCCGCCGACAAGUGUUCGUUGCGCGGCUGCGGUAUGUUUCAAGAGCCGUUUUUCCUGCAUCCGCCCGGCUCGCGACCACGCGACGGCCUCUACAUCAAUCCGAUGAGCGCGUACAUCGGCGAGCCGGUCAAGCCGAAGGACACCGAGUCCUUCUACCUGCACAGCCCGCACGAUCUCGUCUACACGAGGAUCACGCGGCUGUUCGCCGACACGGACGCCAGGCAUCGACAUCACUUCGAGAAGAAGGACGAGACUUUGACUGUGAAAGUGGACGUCCACUUCAACAACGGCGUUCUCGAACGAUCGCCCGGCGAGAAUGGUUAUCAGGCGAGCGGGAAGGCCGAGAUUGCGCGCGAGCCGCCCGAGCACGCGUACGAGCAAAUCUGUUUGCGGCAAGAUCCUGACAUUUCUGGCGGGAACGUGACCAACUCGCAGAGGAAGACGCAGCACGCGGACAACGCGACAGAUCGCAGGUAGGUGGAUCAACGGCACGCUGAUGAACGCUUUGAAUCGAGCUCUGUCUGUCGAGCGACGGCACACAAUGGACGGGGCAGCGUCCGUAUUUCAUAAACGUGUCAUGGUUGCGCGUUUGUUCAGCUGGCUUUCCGCUAACGCUCAGUCAGCUGUUUCUCUCCGUUGCCAAAGGACGACCUCGAUAUUCCUCUCGUUUCCAGCGUACAAAUGUAUGUAUGUAUGUAUGUAUGUACAGGGUGGGAAAAAGAGUUUGUCCUAUCGGCUAUCACAGAUGAAUUCUACGCCU